AUGCAAGAUGAAAAAAAGUUUCUCAAGGAAAAAAAAAAGAGCGACAUCUACUUCGAACUCCACAGCUCUACGGAGCAGCGCGAAUAUAAAAUGGCAGUCGAGGCAAUGGACAUUGACACACCUCCCCGGGCAAGUACAGAGGUGGAGCGCAAGCGCAAGAGCAAGAACAAGGAUCCUUCUUCGCCAUCAAAAAAGCGCAAAGCGGACGCCGACAAGUCCUCCAAAUCUAAAUCCAGAGACCAGAAAAGCAUCUCGAGCCAGGCUUCUGCUGGCGCACCAGACCCUGAAUCUCCGUUCUCUCUGACAAAGGCCACCUUAUACCUCCCACUUUCGCCCAUCUCCAUCUCGGCCACCCAUGCGCUAUCCUCUCUGCAAGCGGAGCACCUGUCUCCGCUGCUCUUGACCUACUUUCCUCCAUUAAAGGGUAUUGUCCUAGCUUACUCCCAAGCCUCAAUUUCGAGCUUCCCACCCUCGUCUCAACCGAAGAAGCAUUCCGACAACCCGGAGCCAUUGACCAUGGCCAAGACGGCGGACGAGUACGGCGUGCUCUAUGUCUAUCUUACAGCUACUUUCCUCGUGUUUCGUCCUCAGCGCGGACAGACGCUCGAGGGAUGGGUUAAUGUACAAUCAGAGGGAUUCUUGGGUGCCGUUGUUUUCAAUUUAUUCUCCGUCGGAAUCGAGAGCAAUCGCCUGCCCAGAGACUGGAAGUGGAUUGCACCAGGCGCUGAGGACGAAAGCAAUGCGCCCAAUGACGUGGCUACGACGGACGACGAGUCUAGCGCUGGUAAGGCACCUGUUGGCUUCGAUGCUGAGAAGGAACACUUCCAGCCUGGGUCCGUGGCGGAGGAGCUUGAUGCCGAUGAGGAUGAGGAAGAAGAGGUUGCUGCGUCCGGCUACUUCCGGUCUGUGUCAGGCCACCGGGUACGCGGAACCGUGAAAUUCCGUGUCGUGGAUAUCGACGUUAUUCCGGGGUCAGAGCGGGACCGUGGGAAACAAAUGGCCUGGCUGGUUCAGCGUCGGCGGCUCCCCCAGAGAAAUAGCCGUGUCAUUCCUAUCACUGCUGCUCCUGUGUCUUCCGCGCCUGUUGUUGAUAUCGAUCUGGAGCCAACUGAGACUCAGAGGGAGGAGAAGGGAAAGAGCGAGAAGAAAGAGAAAAAGGUAAAGAAGGAGAAGAAGGAGAAGGAGAAGAAGGAAAAGAAGGAAAAGAAGGACAAGAAAGAGAAAAAGGAAAAGAGCAAAGAGAAAUAA